CCUGAAACAAUGGGAAAUAAAGCGCGGGCUUUCCACACGGUUGGCGUUCCUAUGUGAACUGGAGUACAAGGAGGGACCCCCAGUUUUAUACACGGGGGAAUAUCCACGCGGAUCAUCCUCGUACUGGAGAAGGAUCCGUGCCCGACAGGAAAUGAAUCUUUGUAGGCGUAGUUAACUCUCGCCCUCAUGGUGAGCAUAGGCAUUGUGCAAUGUGAACCACCAUUGAAUACCCAAUACGGUGUCCCAGGGAAUUAUGCUGGAAGCAACAACAACCAUGGAACGUCUGGUGGAAAUGGUCUUGGCAAUCAUCAUUACGACAAUGGGAACGAUAAUGAUUACGUCGAUCAGCCAAUGUCCUACGAAUUCGGAUAUGCAGUGAAAGAUCAAGCAACCGGAAAUGAUUUUGGCAGACGCGAGAGCAGUGAUGGGGAAACUGUAAGAGGAGAAUACAGAGUUCAGUUACCAGAUGGCAGGACGCAAAUUGUGACUUACACUGCCGAUUGGAGGACAGGUUUCCAUGCAGAUGUAAGAUACGAGGGUACACCAACCUAUCCUGAUCAGUACAACACUCAGAACAAUGGUUAUAAUAACAAUAACAAUAAUAAUAACCAGGGUGGUGGCCAAGGUUUUGGCUUCCAUGGUAAUAAUGGAGGUGGAGGAUACAACGCAGGCAAUUUAGGUAAUAAUGGAGGCUACAAUUACCAAGCACCAAGUGGAAGCUUCAACAAUGGUAACAAUUAUCCCUAUCGAUUUGGCUCCAACUCGUUGGACAACAGUUAUAACAACUUUGGAGCUCGCAAUAACUAUAAUACGCGGACGCCAUCGACGACAUACGGGCCAGCCUUUAAGAAGUGACUUUAGUACAAUUCCUAUUGUUAGCAUAGGAUAAGAAGCGUCCGUCCUGUAAGAUUAGCGAUUUUGUAAUAAAAACUAUUUUAUCUUUUUAUA